CGCCCUGCCCUCCACCAACAGAUGAGCUGAGGGAUUUAGUAGGUACCUGUCGGGCCGAAAACCUGCAGCUACUCAUUGCUGCUGACGCAAAUUCACACCAUAUUACAUGGGGCAGCAAGGACAACAACAAAAGAGCCCCUUGUCAAAGUUGUCAAGUUGCCCUAUCCGAUUACCGUCAAAGGCAAAGGCUGUAAUAUAAGAGAAAAAUAAGAAACGAAAUUCUAACCUAUUCUUUUAUAUUUACAAAUUUUACAUUUUUAUAUUUUAACAAUUUGUUAUUUAUUCUAUAUAUCAAAUCUGAGUUGUUAUUUUGAAAAUUGGUCAAAAUGAAUAAGAAAUUUGAAAAUAAAACCUUAAUGUACCAGUAUGACAAGGAGUUGACAUCAGCUUUUCAAGUGGACUGUGAAGACUUUCUAAUUGAAUUUGAAAAGUACCAAUCAUUCAGUUUUGUAGAUUUCCAACAAGUUUGGCAUAAAAAGUCAUUUACUUAUGUAUUUGCGGGCCAAGUGUAUGCAUUGCUAUUAAAGGACUUUUGUGACAACUGUUUUUGGGCAAUAAAGAAAUAUAUAAUGUUUGCAAAAAAUAUGUAUACUCAAGUUGGGGCCUUUUAUUUACUAUAUGGACUCUAUUAUAAGCAGCCAUUAAGAGGAUGGGUUAAAAUUAGAAUUACAUUGGAAGAAUAUCACAAAUUGUAUGAACUUAUAUAUGAAUUGAAAAACAGAAAUCAAAUGGAUGCUGUAUACAUUUUUUCAAAGAUGAGAGCUGAUGAGGUAUUUUUAUACGUUGCCGAAAGAAAACCAUUGGGUCCAGAAGAUAGAUUCGUAAAAGGAGUCGAAUUAUUUAUUAAUGACACCUUCGCAGUCUCAAAAACCCAAAGUGCAUUAAUAAAAUUUCAAGAGUUACGAGAAACAGAUUUAUUAACCACGUUUGACAAUACUAACAAAGAAUAUUAUGAGCUAAUGAAAAAAUUUACAGAAAAAUAUCCAUCUGUUCCUCCAUUCUCGUCGACACCACUAACAGAAGAAAUACAAACAGCUUAUGAGAAGUUUAAUAAAGAAACUCCACAUUUAGAAACUCCCAGUGAGUACAUUAAGAAAUCUAAAACAAUUCAGGCGUCUAGGAGAGCUAUAAGAGACAAAGCAUUAGCGAACAAGCAUGCUGUAUAUAGAGCUAAAAGAAAAGUGAAAACUGCUGUAGACGAUGAAGUUACUGUGGAAUACUCGUCAGAUUCAUUUGAUAGCACUGAGAGUUAUGAACCAUCUACAUCAACACAGCAAAAUAAAAGUGCUAGUAAAGGAAAAACAUUAAUGAAAAAGAAUAUUGGUAGUAGGGUCUCUAAAAAUAAGAAAACACAUGUAGAAUCUUCAAAUUCUUCUGAGGACAGUGCUGAUUGAUCUUAUUGAAAAUAUGCCUUAGAAUUGACAGGAAAGGCCUAAAACAUUAUAAUAUGAAUGAAUUGUAAAUUAAAGAGUAAUGACUGAUUAUAGAACUCUUUAAACAGAUGAAUUUUGACGAACGCAGAAACAUAAUUUUACAAGAUUAGAAUGCUUUAGUUAAGAUUUUGAAUCUGAUUUUUUUUU